AUGUCGAAUAAAACAUACAACGAUCUUUGGCAUUCAACACAAAAAUUAUUAGAAAGCUUAGCGGUGAAUGAUUACCAAAAGUUGGCACACGACCCGGAAUUUGAUCGUUCUGUGGCGCAGCGUAUGGUUUUUGAAUUGUAUGCCAAAUACAUUGUUGCGGCAAAUCGACUGGAAAAUGUCUACGAUCAAAUGGUGCAACCUCAGAAACGAAUCGUCGUACGAAAGCUGCUCGAUGCAGCACUCGGUCGUAUCAUUGAAUUGAAACAUGACUUGGUUUCCAUCGACAUGAUGGAGUUUAGCUACAAUGAUGAUGUGAUAAGAGAAUUAAAAUUGGUUCCGCAAGAUUUGGAGCUGAAAAUUCCGCGGUAUUUCCUACGCGAAACCCAAGAAGAUGUUACUUACAAAAAGAAAUUCAUCGAUGAUAUUCUCAUUAAGAUCGGUUGGCUCGAUGAAGAGGUGAUUGAAGAGAAAAUGACGGAAUUAGAAGCCAUUCACAUCAUACAGAUGCAUGAAAGAGCAAGACAGGGGCGAUUGCGCGCUCAAUUUAUGAAAGAAAUCAAGCAAUUGAAAGAAAAAGGCAAACCGGAUGCAGUCAAAGAUCGAACCGAUGGUUUGGUUGCGGCAAUGCGUAUUCAGAAAGUUUGGCGUGGUUUCACGACCAGACGCAAAACUCGGCAUGGUAAGGUCGAGGAAAUGUACUUAAUCGGAAUGAUCCCAAGGCCAGAGAGGAAUAACGAAGCUCUUCUUGAUCAUGAACGAAAGCGAUGUGAAAGACGGUAUGGAAUCCAAGAGUCGUAUCGCAUAAGCUACGAAAACGCCGUGAAAGAAGCGAAAGAGGAUAUUUUAAACAAGUAUUCAACGACAUUGAGCGAGCAAAUUGCCGACGAAAUCCGAAAUUGGUUCAGAGAGUAUCAGAAUCGUUCGGGAAAAUUUCCGGAAUUUCCAACCGAAGAAAACGGCGGCUCAAGGCAGUUGUUAUCAAGACAAGACAGUGAAUUAAGUCGUUCGUCGCCCGUUUCGUCACGCGACUCAAAGAAGACGAAAGACAAAUCGAAAACCCCAACCAAAAUCAUUGACUUGAUGGCCGAGGUGAACUUUGAGAGCGGAUUCAAGAUGAAUCAGUCAUCUUUUUUAAAUGAAAUUAAAUUUCAAAUCGAUGAGUUCAAUGACGUGUGGAAAGAGAAAGAUGAGUCGAUGAAUCCCGCUCAAACCUACUACAAAAAUAUGAUAUACACCGAUAAGUAUGCAGAGGCUGAGCGCGAAUUGCGUAUUGUAAUCGAUAAUUUGAUGCGUCAAGAGUUGGAAUUGCUUCAAGUGGCAUUGGAACGUGAUCGAACGCAAAAGGGUAAAAAAUCAAAAAAGAACAAUAAAAAGGCACGUCGCAGCGGUAAGAAGAGUAAAAAGAAGAAAGAGAAAGACUUGACGCCUGACCGCACAACCGAAUCUUUGUUUGAAGAACUCGUCACAAAUGGAAUAAUUCGGAAAAUACCAGAAACACGAUUGAGCUCAUUCUUGGGCGAUAGAGCUUAUGCCAAGCGGUCUGGCAUCAAUCCAACACCGGGCGAUAUUCGACAAGUGUUGACCGAAUACGCUAUUCUACCUUUGGGCUCCGAAACAAUUCGUUGCAAUGCUCCGUGCAUUCGCUCAAUUUUAAUAGCAGGCCCAAAGAAAUCCGGUAAAAAAUCUCUUGUUUAUAGUAUUUGCAAUGAGGUCGGUGCUCUGCUUUUUGACCUCACGCCAGCUAAUAUUGUUGGCAAAUAUCCCGGGAAGUCUGGCUUGAUAAUGCUCAUGCAUUUAGUCUUGAAAGUAUCCCGUCUGCUGCAACCGUGUGUGAUUUUCAUGGAUAAUGCCGAAGCCCCGUUUAUGAAGAAAAUCCCAAAGGGUGAUCGCACUGAUCCGAAAAGGCUGAAAAAAGACUUACCAAAAUUGAUAAAAAAUAUUGGCGAAGAAGAUCGCGUAUUGUUCAUUGGUACCUCGACUGCACCGUGGGAGGCUGAUCAGAAAUUACUGCAACAAACUUACAAUCGUUUCAUUUAUAUACCAAAACCGGAUUAUGGAACGUUGUCAUUUGUUUGGAAAAAUUUGUUACUGAAAUACAAUGGAAUCAGUCCGAAUUUUGAUACCGCAGCUAUUGCUCGUCUUUCAGAUGGAUACACAAUCGGUUCAAUCGUUCAAUGUUUGAAUGACGUUCUCACAUGCAAGCGCAUUCUACAGUUCCGUGUUCAACCGUUGGCUCAUGUUGAAUUAAUAGGCGCUUUAAGCCUAAGAGAUCCAGUAUACCGUGAAGAAGAAGAAGCGUUCACAUCGUGGUGGUCCAAAACUCCGCUUGGAAGAAGAUGUCAAAAAGCAAUUGAAGUGGAAGCACAAGCGAGGCUUGAAAAAGAGACUGGUGCUGACAAAAAGCGCAGAAAAUAA